AUGGCUGCCCCGUCGGCGAAGCAGCUGCAGCCCCGUAAGCAGCCGCCGCUCAGCGCCAGCGGUCAGAGAAGCGAGGGCGACAAGAAACCGUUGCCUGCAUCGCCGACGUACGCCCUCACCGAGAGCCCCGCGGCGAAGACCACGGAGUCGGCAAGCAGCCACGGCGGCGACUCGACGGCCACCAAAACCGUGGCGGGCGUCAACCUCGAGGAACUGCUGCGCUCGCUUUCGGGCGACAUUGUCAGAGGUUGCCGGUCGCUGUCCUCGACGGAGAUGCCGCCGCUAGAGGAAGUGUCGGCGGAAGAGCGUUCCGAGCGCAACGAGCUUUAUCGAAACGUCCAGGACCUGCUCGGCGAGGUACUGGCUGGCAUCGACGCCGAGUGCGCCUCCAAGAGAGACGAGCAGCAGGGUCUGGUCAUCCUUGAGGACAGCGAACGGCGGGGGGCGAAGGCCGUGGAGGAAGACAUGCCCACGGAACUGCGCGCCACGGUCUCGACGCCAACCGGCCGCUCCGGCGUCGACCGGGCCAGCUGCGACCUCACGGUUCGCUUCGCCGACAACGACGAUUCCGCCAAGUCGCGACCCGACAGCCCCGGGUCGGGCUCGAGACAGCGUAAGAAGACAAUGGCUGCGGCGCAGUCCCCGGCCACCAGGAGCAAGAAUCAGCAGCCGCAACCGCAACCGCAGCAAGGGUCCUCGCUGUGGCCCUUCCGCCGAAACCGACUCAACGCAGCCAAGCCGGGCAAUAACGUCGUCGCAGCCACCGCGAAGCCGCAGCCGAAGUCAAAGCAGGUUCCCAGGAGAGAAUCAGUCGGUCCGACGGUGGACUCCGAGUUGCUGGCAGCCAUGGACCGAAAGAUAUCCUGGGGAAAGGCCAAGGCGUACCCUGGCAGCGUUACUCUCUCGGAGCUCAACGACGACGGCACCGGCACGAGCAAGACGAGGUCGCUCAGGAGGAUCAAGAAGAGGAGGCCCAUCGAAGCGGAGCCACAGCCCAAGGCGAAGUCGGAAGGAGGGACCUCGCUUCUCCGGAGCAUUCUGGGUAUAGCGAGCUUGUCGCCAAAGGCGGCGGUGGCGCCAGCGCGGCCGCAGGCGAAGGGAACCAAGCGCCCCGUCAAGCAGCAGUCGACCGGCUCUCGCCAGUCCAGCGACAAAGGAUCUGCGAGCGGAUCAAAGGCGAGCAGCAAACCGCAGCUGCGCAAAGAAAAAAGAGCAGACGCGGCGGCACCAAAGGAGACCCAGCCGCUGCCCUCGUUAAAAGAAGUCCCAGAGAACACCGUCGCACCGGAUGCACCCCGCGCCGACUAUGCCGAAAGUAGCACCGUGCAGGUUUCCGGUGCGAAAGAUAACACAGCGCCAGACGCCGUCGCUGUUGACACUCGCGUAGUACAGGAGUCCGCAGCCGAAGCAGCUGAUGGUCACUGCCCGUGUUCGGGUCCGGAGUCGUGGAUCGUGCCCUCUAGCGGCGAGUAA